AUGCCAUUGAAUAACUUGUUAAUCAAAUUACCCAACAACAGAGAAGAUUCUCACAUUUUGUAUCCACGUGAAGCUUCAUUUUUGUGGGAAAUAAAAUUAUUACUGUUGCGAAGAGAACAGCUAAUACGUUUGGCGAUAACUAAUAGUUACGACAGUAACCACAGUUCCUAUCCAGCGAUUUAUUAA